AUGAGGGUGCUGCGACGUUUGUUGUGUUUUUUUGCUUUCUUGCUGAACGUUGCCUCUCUCUGCACGUCCGCUAGCGGGGCUGCUGGACUUCCUGAAGCUGCUACUGAAUCUCGUUGCCCUUCGGGUUCUUCUAAGCCUGAUUGUCCUCCUGGUGGUCCUGCACCUGCUGUUCAACCUCCUGGAACACUUCCUGCUGCUGUUUCUACUCCUUCUCCACGUGCCGGCGGUAAAGAUUGUACUUCAGAUAUGACUGAUCCUUUGUGUACUGCUAGCGAUAGUGAACAUGAAGCUGCUCCUACUGAUGAUUGUGUGACAUCUUCUGACAAGAAGAGUUGCCCUAACAAUGAUGCUGACACUCAAGAGAAUUGCCGUGAUGAUUCUGGUGGUGCCUGUACACAAACAGAAAUAAUCCCUGCUCCUGAACAGUCUGGUAAGAGUCCUGUUAAAAAUGGUGAUGAAAAUCCGCACGACCGUCUUGAUGAAAAUAGUAUACCUGGUGCUGAUGGUCAUAGUAAUAGUGGUCCCGGUAAUAAAGCUGAUGCUGGUUCUGCUGCGGGUACUGGUGGUGUUGCUGCUGGUCGUACUUCUCAUUCUGAAGCUCCUAUUCCUGCUGCACCUGCUCCUUCUACUGCAGGGAACAGUGAUGCUCCUUCUGCAAAUCCUCAACAUACAAACAAUGAAGCAAGUGAAACUGGACCAUCACCAACUACACCUUCUUCCAGCAGUUCAGCCACAGCAAGUGACGGUGGUUCAACUACUGCAUCAAAUGAGACUGAUAAUACAUCUUCAGGGAGUGAGUCCACAACCAACCAAGAAGGUGUGGCAAGUAAUACAGAUACAACCACCACCACCACAACAACAACCACAACACUUCCUCCUGAACUCACAAACAACAAGAAGGGUGAUGCAGACAGCAGCAGCAGUAUCAGCAGUUCUGUGUGGGUGCGUGUACCACUACUGAUUGUGGUUACACUGGCCUGUAUUCUUGUGUGCUGA